GCGUCUAUGACGUCAUCAGUGACGUCGAAAACGAGAGAGAGGAGAGACUUUGCGAACGGUCAGAUUGUUACCCGAGAGAGAAAGAGAGAGUUUCCGAAUGCAGCCUAAAGAAACACAGCCAGUGUUUGUUGUAGUUUGACAAUGGCAGACAACCAAUACGGAGGCUAUGGUGGCAGCGGUGGCCAGACCGGCUAUGGCUCAUACAGCUCCUACUCCUCAGGCCAGACUCAGGGAGGUGGUGGUUUUGGUAAUAACGGAGGCAGUGCAGGAGGCUUUGACCCUUCGUCGCAGUCUUCAUUCGGAGGUGGCGGCGGCGGUGGUAAUCAUCAAGGAGGAAGUUCUUGGGGCCAGCAAUCUGGGGGCCAAACACAAAGCCAAGGCUAUCCAAGCGGAGGCAGUUUUGGAUCAUUUGGCCAAUCUGGCGGAGGCUCAGGAGGCGGCUUUCAGGGGGGCAGUGGAUUCCAAAGUGGUGGUGGCUCUGGCAGCGGUUAUCAGGGUGGCGGUAGCAGCUUUAGUCCAUCUGGAGGGAGCUAUGGAGGCAGUGGAGGUUUUGGAGGGGGAGGCGGCUAUGGAGGUGGCCGUGGCAGCGGCGGAGGUGGAUACAACAGUGGCGGCAGGGGAGGUUUUAACAAAGGUGGAGGCGCAGGUUUUGGAGGAGGGGGUGAUCAGCUGCAUGUGCAAGAAGAUACCAUAUUCAUAUCUGGAAUGACCACGAGCAUCAGUGAGCAGGACAUUGCUCAGCACUUUGGGUCCAUUGGCAUAAUCAAGAAUGACAAGCGUAGUGGAAAACCCAGGAUUUGGAUAUACCGUGAUAAAGUCACUCAAGAGUCCAAGGGAGAGGCCACUGUUACUUAUGAUGAUGCCAACGCAGCUCGGUCUGCCAUUGAGUGGUUUGAUGGAAAAGAAUUCCAAGGAAACAUGGUGAAGGUACAGCUGGCCACAACCAAACGAGACUUUAGCUCUAGGGGUCGUGGCGGCAGGGGUAGUGUUGGAGGAUUCGGAGGUGGUCGUGGAAGAGGAAGCGGUGGUGAUCGUGGCGAUCGUGACUUUGGAGAUCGUGGGAGCGAUAGGGGAGGUGAUCGAGGUGGCGGUUUUGGAAGUCGAGAGGGUGACUGGAAGUGUCCUAGCCCUGACUGUGGCAACACAAACUUUGCUUGGCGGACCCAGUGCAACCGUUGCAAUGCUUCCCGGCCUGAUGGUGUGGGAGGAAGUGGGGUUAUCCGAGGUGGAAGAGGAGGAAUUGGCGAUAGAGGAAGCCGAGGUAGCCGUGGGGGUGGAGAUCGUGGAGGAAGAGGAGGUGGCUUUCGUGGUGGAGACAGAGGAUCACGCGGAGGGGUUGGUCGCGGAGGAGGGCCAAUGCGUGGGGGUGGCAGUGGAGGAUUUGGGGGAGGUGGUAGAGACCGUUCCAAGCCCUACUAAAUCCAUUGAGAUCUCUAAAUGCAACCAUGGUGUUUUGAGGUUUUAUAUAGGUGAUAUUCAGAUGCUUUUGUUCAUGCCAUAUUUAUUGCAAACGUCACCCAGAAAAAAAUUGAGUUUCCUGUAAUUAAAAUCCUCUAAUACUAUUGUGAAUAAAAAAUAUCAAGAAAUAUCA